UUGUUUGCUCUCACUUUCUCUGCAUCCCUCACAACCUCUCCCUCCCAUCACACUGGGCGUUGCUUGGCUGACUAUAAAUGCUUGAAUAAACUGUCGGUGAGCUCCUGCACUCUUCACUGAGUCUAUACCCACAGUUUCUGCCUCUUCGUGUCCUGCUCACAUUUCUGGAGCCAUGACUGAUUUGGAGAAAAACAUGGAGUCACUGAUAGUGAUUUUCCACCGCUAUGCCAAUGAGGACAAUGAUGGGAAGACUUUAAGCAAAAAAGAACUGAAAAAACUAAUUGAGAAUGAGUUACCUACCUUCAUGAAAGCCCAGAAAAACCCAAAUUUGGUGGACAAUAUCAUGAAAGAUCUGGACCAAAACAAAGAUGCCAAGCUGGACUUCGAAGAAUUUAUUCCCCUCGUUGUCGGCCUCUCAAUGGCCUGUGAGAAGUGUUACGCUCUCCAUGAAAAGAAGGGCAAGAAGUUUUCAGCUAUGGCUCGUCUGGAUCAGGUCAUCACAAACAUUGUAGAGAUAUUUCUGGAGUAUGCUGAUGAUGAAGGAAAGAAACGUCAGUUGAACAAGGAGGAAUUAAAGAAGGUGCUGGAGCAAGAAAUAAAAAGCCCUGAGUUAAAAUGUCACAUUAAUGCAGAUGACAUUGAGGAAGCCAUGGGAAUGCUGGAUAAAAACCACGAUGGUGAGGUGAACUUCAGAGAGUUUUGUCGAUGUGUGUGUGACCUGGCCAAAUGCUACUACCACAAGAAGACAGGAAAGGGAGGCAAGAAAUGCAAGGGCAAAGAAUGCGGACAAGAGGACUGAAGGUUAACUUCGAACUGUUUACCAUAAAAUAUUUAAAAAGUGUUUUAAAGAAAUGGCAUUUACUCAACACAAACAUUGUUUGUGACACUGCUUAUCGUGAAACAGGUACUACUGUUAUAAAGCAAUUUACACAUCUAUUGUAAAGCUCAAGCCUGCUGUUACUUGUGUCUUGAACGCUAAAUGUGCAAUUCAUUGUCUUUGUCUCUUCCAACCCUUGUUUUCAAAUAGGUUUCCAUUCAAUACUAACUGAAAAAAAAUUAAAACUAUUACUCCCUUUGCUGUUUAUGGCAGUCACUUCUUGUUUUGUUGCCAAGUAUCUGAUGUCAUUGCUGUGGAAGGAAACAAGUACUUUCUCAUCAAACAUUCAACAGACAUCACUCACUAUGUUCUCCCGUCAGUGCUUCAUUAAAGGAUAUGUCUCAUCUGUAACUUU